GCUAGCUUAAAUUCCUACUGUUAUUGUUAUUUUCGACAGUGGGAUGUGUCCGUAGAUGUCAAAUAGAUUCACAAAAUAACAAAAACAAAAACCUAAAUAUUAGAUCGCGGAUGUAGGAUAUUAAGUUUCGGGAUGUGUGGCAGCUCCCUUUAUACCUCAGCGUCGUUAAAAGGUAAAUGUAUUGUUUUUAAGAAAACAGAUUGUUUGCUUUAAUGUAAACACAAGAGUCCUUGUAUUAUAUCUGGUGUAUGACUUCAGCCAACUGUCAACCCAGUGGGCAUAAUUCAAAGCGAAAAUAAAGUGGUCGGAGUUUCGGGAACAAUGCAGGGCUUGGCUCUAAUGCUGGCGUCCCUGGAGUGACUAAGCGCUUCGCUCAGUCAGCAGGCAUGUUACAUAUCUCCAGUGCUGAACAGAACUGGUGAACACAGGUCUGGCAUUCUGGACAUUUUAGGACAUUACAGAAGUUAAAGCUGGGGUCGGUAAGUUGAAUUGGAAAAACCGUGAAGUCGAAUUGGAAAAACCGUGAAGUCCAGGAUAGACUUCGAAGUAUUCAGACAGGAAGCCCCGCCCCCCUGUACGCAGGCCUCGCUCCAAGCCUGCUGCCUCCCACGAGCACCGUCAAACUGCCGAAUACCGCCGACAGAGCCCGUGUCCUCACGAGAGGUGGGAAGAAAACUGUCGGUGCACCGUUUUCACCACAACACCAAACCACACGUCGCUCCCUUAUGUGUCAUUCGCCUGUGAAUGGACAUGGCCUCCAUUGGCAUCUUUAUCUUCGCUGUCAUCUACAUCACUGCAGGGAAUGGUGGCUUUGUAAAUGUGCAAUGCAAGACUGAAAACAUGGGACAGUAUGGCCAGCAGUCACUGCUGGAGUGUGCUGUCAAAACUUCUCAAGGGGUAACAGACGUGGUAAUCCGGACAGUCAGUUGGAAGAAAGAGGGUGUUGAUGAGCCCUUACUGGUUUUUCACAAAGGGCAAACUAUAAAACAGCCACGCUGCUCCUUUGCUGAACCAUCCUGGAACAACAGGAACAUGAAUGUGUCCCUGCACAUCACCAACACUGCUGUGGAGGACCAGGGAGUUUAUACAUGUGUGGUGAUGACAGACAGAGGUGGUGAAACCAGUGAGACCAGGCUUAAAGUCACAGCCAAAUACAGCAAACCUGCUAUAAUCGCCGAACCUGAGAAGUUAACUCAAAGUACAGGUGGUACCCUGGUUUGUAACUCUGUCGGUGGCUACCCGAAAGGUGAGAUUCGCUGGUUUGGUGAGCUCAACGAGGAUUGGACGAAGAGUGCUAAAAUGGAGGUGAAGAAGACAGAAAGUGGUCUGUUUGAACUCUCGAGCGAGCUGACUCUGCUGCCAGGAUCCACGUACUCCAUGUACACCUGCGCAGUGUUCAACACCAGUGGGGGCAAAGAGGACGAGACCACUUUUGAAGUACCAGAUGGACAAGACGCAUCAGGCCGCUCAGGCAAGGAACCAAGAAAGCAGUCUGCUCAAAUCACCAAAAUAGUUGCUCCUCUGGUGGUCAUCGGAUCGCUGAUCGUAGGAUUGCUGGUGGUGAUGGUGUUCGUUUAUGGAAGGCGAUCUCGACGUGACCAUCAGGAAGUUUGUGCAUCUGAGUCAGACGCAGAAAAAGGUGGUCAUUGUGAAAUGGAUAAAGAAUACUAUGACACCCUGGCCUGGGGUGAUGUUAAUGCUCCCAAUAGUUAAGUCCAGCUGUUCUUCCCUCAGUCAGUGGCAUUUUUUCAGAGGUGAUGUAUUGGCUGGUUUCUUUGUUUUCUUUGUCCUGAUGAGGUCAUUUGAUAACACAGUAUUGCCACACAAGAUCUGAUGAAAGUUGUGCAGUACCAAGUUUUGGUAACUUCAGCUGCUUGAUAUGAACCAGCACUUUCUUUUUUUAAGAGGCUUUGUGGGAACUUCUGUGUUGUGCUUGAAGCUGGUGGGUAGUCUUUUCUAAACUAAUGUUAGAGGGGCUGCUGUGGCUCAGGGGUAAAGCCAGCGUCUCUUUAUCGGAAGGUCACCGGUUUGAUUUGCCGUCAUCCCCUGGGCUGUGUCUUGAAGUGUCCUUUGGCAAGAUACUGAACGCCAAACAGUUCCUGAUGGGCUGAUUGGCACCUUGCAUAGCAGCCACCACCAUGAAUGUAUGAAUUACUGUGAGUUGCUUUGGACAAAAGCAUCUGCUAAGUGCUCUAGAAUGUAAAUGUUAGCUGUGUUGCUUUCUACUGUUGUAUUUCAUAGAUUUUUUUAAAUAUAUGUAUAGUAUAUGAUAUUUUUAUGCCUGUUUGUCUGUGUAUUCUGUUUUUAAUGAAAUAAAUAAAUACAAUAAAAUUAUGUUUCAUUCAUUUUCAUUGUUUAAAGGUAUAUUUAACAAUUCUGGAGAAACAGUGCGUUUACAUGACACAAGAAAACCUAAUUACUGCGUUAGUCUGACUAUGAGCGGAUUUUUAAGAUGCAUGUAUACACCUUAGCAGGGGUGGAAAGUAACGAGUUGCAUUUACUCUCGUUACUGUAAUUCAGUAGUAUUUUUUGUGUACUUGUACUUUUUUGAGUAAUUUUUAAAAUCAGUAAUUUUUCUUUUACUUAAGUACAUAUUGUUGGAACUAAUUAAAAAAAAUAAAAAAUAAAAGAUGAACUCGCACUGCGUCUGCGUGGCAGUAACUGUCCAUCUGAUUGGCUCUGGACAACUGCAGCGCCAGAAGGUCAGAAACGUCGAGAUGUUACUGCCACAGAGGAGCUAGCUAAAAGAUGAUGGAGGCGGAUGGGGACGAGUGUGUGGGUAGAGACAAGUGUAUCGACGGAGAGGGGUCGAAUUUGGAACACAGAGACAUGAACGGAGAACGUGAAGCCAAUCCAUGGCCAUACUUAAAGGACUCCUUUGAGUUCAAGUCCGCGAAUGACAACAAUUUCAUCAGGCAGUGUAAACGCUGUAUGCUGAAAGAGACGCAGCUAUCCACCUACAAACACUCUGCUUCCGACCUGCGCAAGCAUGUACAGAGGAAACAUCCAUCAAAGAUUAAAGUCUACACUGACUCCGUGGCAACAUGGAAACGAACCCUUUAACCAGAAAAAAACCCAAGCAAGCAGAGUCCUGAAAACCAGCUCCUGUUCAAACUAAAUAGCAAGUUCAUUGAGUAAUUAAGGAGGAACUGUAAUCUAGAUCUAUCUGUGAUCUAUGUGUUUUUGUUAAUAAAAAAGUUAGUUUGA